AUGGGAGCAGCCAGCAGCGGGCCGGGGCCGGCCCCGGUGCGACCCCCCCAGGGCCGCGCCGUGGGGCCGUGGGUACGGGCGCUGCUGCGCCGCGCCGGGUCGGGGCCGGGGCCGGGGCCGGGACCGGGACCGGGGCUCGCCCUGGCUGCCGAGGAGCCGCCGCUGCCCGGUUGGCCGCUGCCGCAGCUCGUCUCGCUCUUCCUGCCGGAGUUCCCCGUUCGCCCCUCCGGCCGCCAGCAGCAGCUCAAGAUCCUGGGCUUGGUGGCCAAAGGCUCCUUCGGGACCAUCCUGAAAGUGCUGGACUGUGGGCGGGAGAAGGUCUGCGCCGUCAAGGUCAUGCCCAAAGUGGAGGUGCUGCGCCGCGACACCCUGAAGCAGUGCAAGGAAGAAGUCAGCAUCCAGAGACAGGUCAGGCACCCGUUUGUCCACGGCCUGGGGGACAGCUGGCAGGGCCAGCGCCACCUCUUCAUCAUGUGCACCUACUGCAGCACCGGGGACCUGCACGCGCUGUGGCGCGCCGCCGGGCGCUUCGCCGAGGCCACCGUCCGCCUGUUCGCCGCCGAGCUGGUGCUGGUGCUGGUGUAUCUCCACGACCUGGGUAUCGUGCACAGAGACGUGAAGCGCCUGUUUAAUUUCAGAUGGAGAACAUCCUCCUGGAUGAGAGAGGUAAGGGUCUGGUGGCACUAGGGUGGGGACACCCCAUCCAUGGGGACACCCCAUCCAUUGUUGGGGCCCCAUUCGCCAUCUUGCCCUGCAGGGCACCUCAAACUCGCCGACUUCGGCCUCUCCCGGCACCUGCGGUGGGGCGAGCGGGCCCACACCAUCUGCGGCACCCUGCAGUACAUGGCCCCAGAGGUACUGAGUGGGGGCCCCUACAGCCACGCAGCCGACUGGUGGUCCCUGGGAGUCCUGCUCUUCGCCCUGGCCAGUGGGGAGUUCCCGGUGGCACCGGCGGGGGACCAUAUGGCCAUGCUGGAGCGCGUCAACCGGAGCAGCUACGCGAGCCCCCCUGCGCUCAGCCCCGCGCUGGCCCGGCUGCUGGCUGAGCUGCUGUGCCACAACCCCCUGCGCCGCCUGCGCUACCUCCACCACUUCCAGGACCACCCUUUCUUCCGGGGGGUGACCUUCGACGCCGAACUCCUGCAGAAGGACCCGGUGGCCGUGGCCGUGGCCCCGCGCCCCCCAGCGCCCCCGUCUCCCACCCCCGACCCCUCCACCUUUGACGACUUCGACUGCGACCUCACCGCCACGGCCCCCCCAGACCGGCCCUGGCCCGGCUGA